UUACGGCAGUAGAGUGGUAACCAGUUUAGUUAUUGGAGGAAUGUUUGCAGUAUAUCUCGAACAAACGAAUAAGUGCCAAUUUGCAAAAUGGGGGACGGCGCUGAAACUCCCGUGGAUCCGGAGGAUUUGGUGGUCGAAGGAUGUCGGAUGCCAGUGAAAAUGGCAAAUGCAGAUGAAUGGCCAUUGGCCGAGAUUCUAAGCCGCAAGGAAGUGGAGAAUCGGACGAUUUUCUAUGUCCAUUUCAUCGAUUAUAACAAGCGUCUUGAUGAAUGGGUUGAGAGAGAUCGCUUGGACAUUGAUAAGAUGCAACUGCCUAAGAAAGAUGCAAAGACACCAGUCAAAGACAGUGCAGUCAGUAAAGGCAACUGUUCAUCUAAUUCAAGAGCAUCAUCUCCUGAUCGAGAAAUGUCAAACGGCACCCCGAACUUCAACAUACAUCGACCAAAGUCCAACAUUGGACGGAAACGCAAGCUACCAAUGAACGACACUGGUCCCCCACCACCUUCAAUGAACAAUAUUACAGGGAUUCCAAUGGUUGAUAAUGCUCCUUCACCGGUGACCACACCCCUCUCUAUUUCUCCAACACCGUUGUCUCAAGGGCAGAGUCUCUUACCAAGUUACACCCAGUCUACACCAGACUUCUGCUCGUCACAAACAUCACAACCUCAACAAGAACCUGUAGCAGCACAUCAGCCCAGACAGACAGGCAGUAUGGCUACAGAUAAAACACAUGAUGAUAUCAUUACUAGAAUGAAGAAUAUCAGCAUGAUUGAACUCGGUCGUCAUCGGAUCAGACCUUGGUAUUUCGCACCUUACCCGGUGGAGCUAACGAUAUGUCCUGUCAUCUUCCUCUGUGAAUUCUGCCUCAAGUACGUCAAGAGUAGGAAAUGCCUGGAGAGACACAAGGAAAAGUGCAACUUGAGGCAUCCACCUGGCAAUGAAAUCUAUCGCAAAAGUAAUAUUUCAUUUUUUGAGAUUGAUGGUCGUAAAAAUAAGUCGUACUCCCAGAAGCUGUGUCUGUUAGCCAAGCUGUUUCUUGAUCACAAGACCUUGUACUAUGACACAGAUCCAUUCUUAUUCUACGUCAUGACAGAAUAUGAUAACAGAGGCUUCCAUAUUGUUGGCUACUUCUCCAAGGAGAAAGAGUCUACUGAAGACUACAAUGUGGCUUGUAUUCUAACGUUGCCCCCGUAUCAGCGGAAAGGCUUUGGCAAACUACUUAUUGAAUUCAGUUAUGUGCUGUCACAGUUUGAAGGGAAAACCGGUUCUCCUGAAAAACCUCUAUCUGACUUGGGACUUCUUUCAUAUCGCAGUUACUGGUCACAAACCAUUCUGGAAACCAUUCUUAAAUUACACAAAUCGGCAGAAAGUGAACGGCCACAAAUAACUAUCAAUGAGAUUUGUGAAACGACGAGUAUUCGUAAAGAGGAUGUGAUCUCCACAUUACAGCAUCUGAACCUCAUCAACUACUACAAAGGACAAUACAUUGUGACUCUAUCUCCAGAGGUUAUAGAUGGACAGGAGAAAGCUAUGACUAAACGCAAGAUAAGGAUUGAUCCUAAAUGCUUACAUUGGAACCCCAAGGACUGGUCAAAACGAGGCAAAUGGUGAUGCGUAGAGGAAUGGAAUACAAGGUUGGACUGUUUUGUUUUCUCUUCGUUGGUAAAUAUGAGUACAAUAUCUCAGCAGAAGGGUUUUCAUCCGAAGGGCAGACUUUAGAUGUUAUAUUUGCAUCGGGGACAUCCUGAUUGGGAUAAAGAAUAUAAUUUUUUUUUAUCCAUUCACCGAUGUGUAUGAAGCAAUGUAUACACAAUACUUUCCAGAGUUCUGUUGAAAAAUCCAUAGACAAAUCAUUCGGGUGGUCGGGAUGCAGAUCACUCAGAAUGCAACGGUCAUGGGUUUGAAUCUCACCGUUGUGAUUUGCAUGUGGAUUUUUUUCACAAAGUACUGAGUAUACAGUGCUUAAUACACAUUGUUGGUGUUAGGGUAAAAACACUACAUGAGCAAAUAUUUGUUCAUAAAAGGCAAGGAUUGUGAUGUUUUCGGAUACAAAGCAUGUUUUUAUUAAUUUUGGAAAUGCAAGUACUACUCUAUAAGCAGUUUGCUUGAGCUUGGUUUGACUAUAUGAAUACUCUUGCUUCAGUACUACUUAAGGUUUAUAGACUUGAAAACUGUUAGGUUUCAUAUCAACAAAAUUCUUGAGAGUGUUUAAGAGAUCAUCCCUGUAUUUGUCAUCAACAUUUGUAUGCAAUGAUCACACAUUAACUUACAGAUAGACAGACAUAAAAACACUUAAAUCUGUCUUUCUCAUUUAGAAACUUGAAUUCUCCAGAAAGUGUAAAUUCCUGAUCAGAAACAUUUCUGCGAUCAAAUCUGGACCUUCUGUUUUUUGUUUAACAGAGUAUAUGAAUAGGAUGUAAUAUUUUUUUGCUUAAGCAGCUCUAUGAAUUUUGGCCAUGGUGAAAGUCAUGUUUUUCUUAUCCUACUCAUAAUAUUAUGAGUUUAUAUUUCUAUUAGGUGGGGUUGGGGCUCAGGUGAGAUUUGUGGUUGGAAUCGACGCUGGUUGGAUUAAUGUAAACAUGGAUUUUAGGACAAGAUUGCACCAUUAUAUAAUAAAUAUUACUGGGUUUGACCACGCAAAGGCAAUGAUAACACCAAGACAAGUAAAGCAUUAGGAAUACUAUUGUCAUGUUUUUAAUUUUGUAUAAAUGUUAAUAAAUACUGUACAUUUGAUCUGAUAUGUACAUGCUAAUGCUACACAGGAAUACACAUUGAAGAGUCAUAAUAAACAAGUGUGGUAAACAAUAUUUUACUUCAAUUUUGUUUAAUUAAUUUGGGAUUUAUAAACUGUUUGUUUCUUGCAGGAAUGCAAUAUGCAGAUUUGUUUUCAUUUCACAACAGGAAAAAUGAAA